AUGAAUGCUGAUACUCCUCAUAGAGCCACCGUGGUUAAGCCAGAAAAAGUGAAUAGGAGUUUAUUGCCGCUCAAACCAACGUCGGUCACGAAGCUGAAAAAGAUUAAAAAUGUCAAUGUCGUUGCAGCUCAGCCUAUCUCAAAGAAAAAAGCUAAGAAAAUCAUGAAAGCUCAGCGGCAAUUGAUCAGAGAGAAGGAAGAAAAAGACAAAAAAAUGCAGAUGUAA